CUGGUUGCUCGUUCAUUCAUUAUCAAUUUGGACAUCAAAGGAAGAACAAAUGUCGAAAACGAAGAAAAUUUUAAAAAUUUUAUCGAAGAUGGGUUUCGUAAAUGACGUUGAUCCAUUUUUUCGUGACGGUAGUGUCAGUGAAUUAAGUUGGUUAGGUGAAAGUGUGACCAUUAAUAAAGAAAACUAUUUUAAAGUUAAUGUUAUCAAUGAUGGGAACGAGUCAACUUUCAUGAUUGCCGGUUUGAAGCAAUUUUUAGAUCUUCAGACUGAAAUAUCGCAGCGGUAUCCUGACCGAAAUCGAGAUGACCUUACCAUAAAGUAUUUGGAUAAGUAUUUCAAUUUCGUGCAGAUCGAUGAUUCGAAAGACUUCGAAAUUUUUAUGAGACAGCACAAUGAUCAUAAAAUCUAUGUCACAUGGGUAAACGAAAAUUCGACGCCCGUAAAUGAACCGGUAAAUUCAUACGACCCUUUAAAGGACGUGUGGCUGUGGCCUGCGUUAAUGCUUCUACUCGUCGUUGCGCUUAUCGCGGUUAGUCUACAAAUUUAUGAAGUAUUUCGUGGAGAAACAAUAUGUGAAAAUCGAGUGGACCACUGGUCAGGAUACAAGAAAAUUAUUAAAGAAUUUUGCCAGCAUCAUCCUUCAACGGAAGAAUGUCAGCGCAUAAUCGUGGAGUUUCUCUCCUUUAUGUCAUUUGAUUCUAUAAUACAAACAAGAAUAUGAAGAACAGAGAAAUCAGCUAAUAAAGGGUGCCUGCUCACAAAGCGUGACGUAAUCUUGUUGUUUCAUUUCAU